CAAAACCAUCGGGUUAUCAUUUGCUUAAAGAGUGUCACGUUUGAAAUUUCAGCACAUUGCAGGUCAACAAAUGAACGCUAGAUGGCGGUAAUGCGGCGUUUGACAACAAAACAACACAGAGGAAGCUUGCUGUGACGUCAACCGUAGGUUUAUAGCUGAGCUAGAAAGUCAACAUCUUUAGUGCAUUUCUUUUUGCUUUUGUUUCGUUUGGCGUUUUGGUCGAUUUGAUUAAAUGGCCACUAAAAGAUUACCAUGAAACUCCGGUUGCAGAAUGACAGAGCUGUGAAAGUGAGGGAGUCCCCUACUGUCAUGCAGCCUAAUUCCAGCCAGGAAGGCACUCAUUUGAGAAAUGGUUUGUCCCUUACUCUGCAAGCAGAGCUUCCCAGCAGGACGACACCCUCCGGUGCCGCAGGCACCAUCCAUUCCGACGCCAAUGAGGUGCGCGUAUCCCUGAGCGGCGGCGCGCCGGGUGAAUCCGGCGGAGCCGCCUCGGCCAGGAGGUCCAGAAUCAACCCUCACAGCCACUCUCAUUCUCACGGACACACUCGCGGGCAGCGACACCCCACCUCCGAUGCCGACCCGACAGACUCCGCAGACCUGGACUCCGGAGAGCCCACUACCUCGCUUUCGGAGCUACGCUGCCUGUUUCGCUGGUUCCAAAAGAGUCUUCCUUUUCUCAUCAUAUUGAGCGCUAAGCUGGUCCUCCAGCAUGCGCUAGGGCUUGCAGUUGGCGUGGGCCUCUUCACAACGUUUCUCGAUGUCAAUCAAAGCAUCCAAACCCAAGUAUUUCUUCAGGCUUGCCACGCCAAGUUGCAUUGUGUGUGGCUGCUGCUGCUGUUGGUCUCCUCCACCCUCCUGCUCAGCUACACUUUUCUCCCUCAGACACUUUACAACUGCCUUGUGUUCCUCAGUCCAACUUUUGAGCCACUGGGAUUCUGGGAGGUCCUGUGGGCAGUUGGCAUCACCAACUUCAUCAUCAAAUUCCUCUGUAUGGGGAUCAAGUGCCUUCUCCUGCUGCUGCCCGCUUCGUUGCUCAACUAUCGAGCACAGGGACGCUGGCUGCUGCUGAGCGAGGAGCUGGCUCAGGUCUACCAGGCCGCCGCCCCCGUGCCGCUCUGGUUCCGCUACCUGGUCACCUACCAGGAAGCCGACGGUAACCCGGCGCUCACUGUGGGCGUUUUGCUGGCUCUGCUCUACCUCAUACUGAAGCUUUUGGGAUUGUACGGACAGUGCAAGUCUUUACUGAAAACUGUGAGGAUUGUUCUUAAGAGCGAGCAUACAGGGACGGCGGCCACGAGGAGUCAGUGCAUGGAAGCCGGUGACGUGUGUCCCAUCUGCCAAGGAGAAUACAGGGAGCCUCAAUCUCUCAUCUGUCAGCACAUAAUCUGUGACCAGUGCAUCGCUCUGUGGUUCAACCGGGAGAAGAGCUGCCCCCUCUGCCCCACCGUGAUCACGGAAAAAGUGUACAAGUGGAAGGACGGAGCCACAUCGGCGUACCUGCAGAUUUACUGAUCGCACGCAUUUGGGAGCGUUGAUGAAUGUUACGUUGUUUGAUUGUGAAAAUUUGUACAACACUGGUCAAUGAAUUUUCUGAGGCCACUCACUGUCAUGAAAUUGAAGUUGUAGUUUUCCCCUUGUUGAUAUCUCAAAGUAUAUUCUACAUUCCCAACCCCUUAUAUUUCUCUUUGUAUGAUAUUUUUCUCAUGGGCCUGCACGUUGAGCUUCUUUGAAACUAUUCUUCUACUAUAAAUACAAGAAAAUAUUUUUCGACAAUUUGCGAGAUUUCAGGUUUCAUGGGCUGUGUGUAAAAUCUUUCCAGCUCUGCUACAUUUGAUCCUUUCAUGUCAGCCGGAGGUUAGCGGAUGUGCGCAGACCUCCGACAUGGAGUGAUCGGU